AAAGAAAGUUCCUGAAUCGAUGAGGUAAUCCAUCUCACUCCCCCAACGAGUUAUCUCAGAAUGCUCUUCGUAGUUAUGUAAACUCUUUAAUUUCUAAAAUCGAUUUAUAGUCCCGUGGCUUUCACGGACUUGCUUUGAUGGUUCGACAACGCGACUGGCACUGCGGCAUAAGUAAACUCAGUUCUUCGAAAAACUAUAAAUCACGCCGCUCUUUCCCAUGCAUUUCUCAUCUAUUUGUUCAGCUUUUGCUACGCCAGCUUUACGAUCUCGAAUUAAGUUUCUCAGGAAAUUUUACACAAAGGAGACCCAGUGACCCUAUCCGUGUUGCGUUUAGUUGACUACUAAAUUCUUCAAAUUCGCUUCAGGCAAGUAACUGGCACGGCCGACACUUGGAUCAGGGUUAAUGCGCUUAUCUACCGAUCGCUGGUAACAAAUUCGAUCCGUGGGACAUCGGAUCUUUCAGAUCUGAUCGGAUGAAGAAAGAUACCGGGAAUCGAGCAGGAACGUUGGACAGAAUACAGAAAUCAGCGUGAUUCGAUGAUCGAUAGGAUUGGUAGAUUGCUAGUCAUUGGAAUUAGCUGAAGCAGGGGUGCGGCUCGCGCAAAAAACGGGGCAAUCGUGAGCCAGGGUCUCGAUAAUAGGAUACCACGAACGUUCGAGACAAUGUAUACCUGGGCACGGAAAGACUAGAAUGCUUUCUAAACGGAUCGAGUCACCGAACACACCGAUACGCUUUGAGAAGACCCAGCCCUUUGGCGCGCUAUCCGCGCAUUCAUCUAUCUUGCUGCUCGUGUUAUGCCAGAGGUGAGGUUCAUCGGCGAAACGCUUCAUCGAGAACUGCACUCCAACAGUGGGCGCUGUCGCCAAAAAAGGAUUGUGCAUGAGAAGACGAGAUCCUAGUCAAGUAAUAAGCGAUCUAAUGUUGCAUCGUUCUCCAAGACACCUGAUCUUCCCGGUAAAACCCGAAUAUGGUGCUACUGCGUGAUACUUUGUAGGAGGAACAAAAGAUUUUUAACCUUUCCCUUAUUGUUGCGCUUGUACCUUUUUUUUAGGGAAAGGGUUGACCUUAUUAUUGUCAUUCUGUUUUGUCUAGUGAGAAUAUCGGAACCUUUGUCUCGUUGAAACAUCCAUCAACAUCUAUCUAUUUGAGAUUUCAAUGUACACUGCGCAACAGAAAUAUCACUGUUUGUUCAUCUGGAGAGGUUGCAGUUUAAUGGAUUAAGAAACGUACAGGUUUGAUAGAUUGGCUAAUUGCAGUUAUGCACACAGCGUGGUAUAUGCAUGUGUAAAGAGAAACAAUUUCGUGCCCCAGUGGCACGAUGCUAUUCCCGUAAUCAGAAUAAUCAGACGACAAUUCCAAUCAACUUUCUCCUCGGUACGAAUUCUAAGAGAAUAAGACACGAACGCGAAUUGCGGAAGCGGCUCACACGUCGUUAUUGAAUAAUGAUCUCGAAUAGGAGGGAUUGCACGCAUAAUGCCUCCCUCCUAUCGACUCCUGAGCCUUGCUUUGUUACAAUCUCGCUAUAUAGAUGAUGAUACCAUUUCGAAAGAGCCACGCCACAGAGGUCGACGGAGGAAGGAAAUAUUUGCGGUUUAGAUAGUUCUGGUACCUUCUGACGCAACCACGUGGGUGGUAUAGCGAUGAUAACAGGGAAGAUGACAAAGUAGAUGAACACACGUUCGCCGCGUCCGAACUAUUUUCUCGCAAUUCUAUGCAGCAGCCUGACGCAAUUGACGGAUGAUUCUUGCGUAUUGGAAUUCUUAAAAUACGUGCUAGUACUUUCAUCCGGGAUACCGAGUGCAUCAUCGUGAUGAUAAUCGUUUCGCGUUCGCUGCAACAUAUAAAAUUUAAACAUUUCUCCAUCUGCCUAACUGCCUCCAGGCUACGACCAAGACGAACGAUGUAAUUGACCAGAAUGAGGAUAGUAAAAGGAACGAGAGAACAAAGGGACGUUGGUAAAGCCAUCUUUUGUUAUAGAACGCCACGGAUGAAAUCCUGUUCCAUGGAAUUUGAAAACGUAUCGCGAUCAUUCGAUCCGGGAUCUUUCUCGAUCGCGAUCGAUGUGAUCGAGACUGGUCGAGAAGAUGCCGUUUUCUCGAUUUAAGAGGGUCGGUCGUCUCCGGAGUGAGCGAGUGAAUGGGUGCCCACGGUAGCGCUCUGAGCCUUCUCUCCGUGAGCUGGCUCACGGCUACGGGGAAAGAAAAUAUAGUUCAGGCCGGUUGCAUAAUGGAGCGGAGGCGCAUCACAUUGGUUCGACUCAAUGCGAGCUACUUUGAGAAUCUGCGGUAACAGCGAACGUCUCUUCUUCCAGCGUCAACGUUGACCUUUGAAGUUGAAGAUAUAGCGGAACGGUUGUAACACCGAUAUUCUCUGAAGGUAGGGGUGCAGUCAUGUAACGAAGCUGAAAACCAUUAGCCCCAAGCCAUAGAGCUAGAUGAUCCAAUUUCUAGUCUGGUAGUUUGUAUAUCGACACCCGGACUCACGACCUGUUCGCCUUGGAAGCUAAGGAAUAUAAGAGCAAGCCCUUCGAACCACUAGCUCAGAACGAUGCGCGACUGUGUCGUCGAAGCAUCUGAACCUAUUGUGAAUUUCGGUUCUAUCGUUCCAAGAGACGCGAAAGUACUGGUCCGUACUCUAUAGAAUGAAAGAACCGUUAUAUUCGGCUUUCGGUGAAGUGUUCAGUUGAUGAAAUUCGAAGAUUCUGUAAUUAUACACAAUUCGAUCGAGAAUGGCGGAGAAUCAGGAACAGGGACAUCCGAACAAUGUUUUCUUAUUUCGACUAGCUAUUUUAAACAGUUUUAAACGCAUCGCAGAAUCAGUGAGCGAGGAUGCUUUCGUGGAUGCUCUUACGAUUCUUACAAUUCUCAAGACAAAGCCGAGUAUGGGGCAAAAAUUGCAUAAAGCAAUGUGCUCGGAGCUUCUCGAUAAAAUGAAUGGCGAUUUAGAAGAUAUAUUAAACGAAGGAUCCUUGCAGGAAGGAUUGGAAAAAGUUGCGAAAUUAUCGGACGCAAAUUCUUCCGUGACCGAAGGUACUUGGAGACCACCGGGUAAUGUAUCCUUACAUUUACGUUCACUAGAUGCGCAGAAAAUUAAUGAAGAAAGCGCAUUGUUGGAAAAACAAGUAAACGAGAUGGAAGAAGAAAACGCAAUUCUAAUGAAAAGAAUUGCAGAAAAGAGAUCAAAUAUAGUGGCCAUGAAUGAUGGCAUGAUACAAUCUUUAAAUAAGUCAGUAAAUGUGAUAGAUUCAUUAAGAAAAAGAAGGGAAUGGUUAGAAAAAUGUUUCGUACUACUGGAGCAUUAAUGAUAAUUAAAUAGUAUUACAAAUAUUACACAGAGGAUAUUGUGAGAUAUGAACAACGAAGAAUGUAUAUGUAUAUUUUA